CUGUGUGUGCUGAUGAUGGCUGAAUACAUGCCCUGAAAGUAGUCGGGCGAGUUGGAGUGGGCGGGUCCGCUGCAGAUCACGUGAUGAACGAGGGCCAAUCAGGAACUGCACCAGGUUACCUCCCCUCCAAUAACCACGCUCCCAACGAUGACGUCAUUGGCCGCGACAACCUCUCGGCGAGUUUGAUCAGUCAAGCCACCGACCUCGAGUUCGAGCAUGACACCGCCGACUACCAGUGGCUGCUCGACUAUGACCUGCCGUGCGCUAGGUACCGGGAAAGUUACAGCCGAGAGGUUGGUACGGCAUCUCUCUCUCUCUCCUCUGGCCGGGACGGAUCGGGUCGGGUGUCUGUGCUGGAGCCAAGCCAGGGCCAGUUACAAGACCUGUCAUAUGAGACCUUGGCCAGAAAUCUGGAUGCCAACCUUGCAGAGAUCGACAUGGAUGAUUUCCACAGUGAAGACAUACACAACAUCCUAACACUACCCACCAUGUGUGGGGAGUUCCAGAGUGCUGAAGAUGGGGAGAUGUUUGCUAGUGUUUCCGGCUCCAUGAUGAACAAGUAUGACCUCGAUUCAUCUGUUAGUCCACGUUCCUCAUCCCAUUGUGACCAGGAAGGAGAUGAGGAGGAGGAUGAAGAGGAAGACGAAGAUGAAGAUGAAGAUGAAGAUGAAGAUGACAGAAGGGAAGAGGAGGGAGAGAUUGAAGAAGAAGAAUACAGUGGUGUUAGUGGGGAAUUGUCAUUGUACCAGUCAGGGCCACUCUUCUCCCCAUUGAAGGAACCUCCACCUCUGGCCAACACCACCUUCAGUGUAGACUCUCUUGACUGUGACUCCCUGCAUGAUGAUCUCAUUCUCACUUGUCAAGCUAAUAAGGAUAACUACACCAUCGCCUUUGAGGGAUCCUUUAUUCAGUACUCUGAAGACUCGGAUUAUCAUGAGGCAGGUGAGAGUGAGUCAAGUGGGAGCAACCAUUGGUCAACAGAGAGACUGGAGGGUCGGUGUCCUGCACCUUCCAUGACACAUUCAGAUCAGCCCUACACAACUUGGUCACGGGUUAGCCGUCGAUCAUCUCGCACACCAGAGGUGCCUUCCAAAGUCAACAAUGCCCAGCAGCAAUCAGGACAAGCAGAAAGUUCAAAGACAUCCGAACAAGGGCAACAAAGUAACAAGAGCAACAGUAUGCCUAACCUGAUGCGUCGUUCACUCAUGCGCCGAUCACUAGAAGCUUCUGCAGGAUGUGUCAAAGUGUUUGAUCUUCAGAACAGUAUGCGAUCCAGUCAGAGUAGCAGAACAAUAGCAAAUGAGACCAACAACUUUUCAUUGGUAAAGUUGUUUAUGCGACAAAAAAGUUUGAGCAAAGAAGCUGUUAGUUUGUCAUCAAGCAUAUCCCAGGAAGGUGCUUGCUGUUCCAGCUCUGACAACCAAUCUAAUGUACAUGAUUCUUCUGAUUGGCCUAUGAACAGCCAAUCUGAGAAUGACAUGGAUGGAAGUGCUUCACCUGUUCCACCUCCUGCACUCAUGAGGCAGAAUGGUGUGAUUUACCAUGAGCGUGGCUAUCGACGAAGAACUGGUUCAUUAGGGGCUCCAGAAAUUACCCCAAGGACCAAUAAUAUGACUAUGAACCAGGACUUCACUUCUACUGAUACCACCACCACAGAAACCACUACUACCACUGCCAAUACUCAGCAAGAUGGACUUCUUAACAAUAAUAAUAACAUUAUUACUGCUCCUGCUGUGCUUGAUAACAAUGGUAUUCAGCUUUCUAACACUAUGGACAAUGUUACAAGUUUUGAAGACAGUCUCAAAGAAACAAAUCCAUGUUCAAAGCCACCAGUUACCAGUCCUAUAAGAGAGGAGCCAGAGGGAAUGGAUAUAUCCAUGGAUAGUCGAGGUGAGAGUAAGGUUCUUCUGGACCAGUCUGAAAAGGAAACCAAAAUGCAUGAUGUCUUGAGGCUACGAGAUAACAAGCUUAAUAUGGAAAAAAAUAACAUGACGCCAGUUAAAACUGUGUCAAAGGACUUGGGGAAUAAAAAUAUGAAUAAGAAUGCCUUUAAUAUUUGUGUUGAUGAACGCAAGAGAUCUCAGUCACCAGGGACUCCAAAGAAAGGUAAUAACAGACGGGAUGGUUCAAAUAACACAACUCGUAGGCGCCAGGAUUCAGGUAAUUCCUCCAGUGGAUAUCUUUCUAACAGAGGAUCUACAGAAAAAAUCAGAAGACCUUCAGACUCUGAACAAACAAGCACACCACAACAAAAACCUCGACCAAAGCCCCGUGUUUUAAAACAGAUGUCAGAUCAGUGCCUUCAGACCUCUAAUCUGAAGGUGUCAGCAAUGGUUAACACAAGCUUUAACCUGGACAAAAAGGAGGUAUAUGUUUACUACCCAAACUAUGCUUUGCCAGACCUGGGCUUCCUGAAAGACAAGAAGUACAAUGUUGAUGCUAGAGUGUUUCUUGUUCCACAACAUUAUAAUUCCCGACCUGAAGAGAUGAGAAAGGUUAAAGAGUCUCGGAUAAGACGUCCCUUCUCAUGUGGUGAUAUGGAAAAGUUACGAAAACAUGGAUUUGGUCAUAUCCGUGACUGGGAUUCCCUUAACUUUUUGUUACCAAAAGAACUGAAAGAGAUGCUCCUUGAUGAAACUGAGUGCAUGGAAACUACAAAGCCUUCAUUUUGUCAGUCGCCAAAGCCAUCUCGUCGACCAGUCAGUUGUGAUUAUUCCCAACAGAAGUGUUCUCAUGAACUCAAAGGCUCGGUUAGUGCUAGUAGUUUAAAUUCAACGCAGCCUUCAUCUGGUUUUCGAGGCUCUUCAACAAUGCUCAAUGACUCAGAAGGAGAGAAUGGGGGACUCUUAGAUCAGAGAUAUGUUUAUAAAUAUGAUACUGCAAGUACAGACUCAGAGGGACUCGAAAAACCACCACCAUUGCCAAAGAGGUCUAUAUCCCUUCCUGUUGAGGAGAGGCAUGGUCCUGAUGACCCAGACAUGCCACCGCCUCGGCCACCUUUACCUAGAGGAAUUCUAAGGAAAUCCUCUUCAUUAAAAGAUGAUGUUUCAAAGGCAGCAAAUAGUCAUAACAAAAGAUACAGUGCUAUAGAUGCUGGAAGAGGUAACAUGAGGGAAGACUUGCUGAAGAGACGAUCUUUACAGGAGCCCAUGGAACACAUGGCUCAGCGAGUAGUAAGAGAAACAAUUCCAGAGAUAACUCAACCUUGUCCACAGCAAGAAACAGAGAAAGAUAUUACAAUUACUCCACCUUCUCCAAUGGGUUGUAGCUGUGUUAACCAGUGUACAGGCUUCUGUGGUAAAGGCCUUCAAAAGAAAAACUUGUUGCGAGUCAGUGAAUUGCCAGAUGUAUCCAGCCACGAAGACUUAACAGAAGAUGACCUUCUUCGGAUCCGGUCACAAGUCAGCAAUCUUCUUGUUACUAGAGGGCAUGUGUGUCCACUUUUGACUGAUGCCAAUAAUAUCUGUGACCUCUGUCCAAAGAAGAGUGUGAGCUUUGCAGAAAAAGUGUGUGUCCACCUGCGUAACACUCCUGACCGUCUCUCUACUCCUCCCAACUCCCCAGACGUGUCACUACUUAAGAAGGGCCAAAAUCCUGAUGCCUCCACCGGUGUCACAAGUGGCGGAGAGAUAGCUGCAGAAGAGGACUCCAGACCUUUGGUCUAUGAUGCACAUGACAAAAAAACACUUGUGCUUUCUGUUCGUGCUGCCGUGGAAAAGCUUGUAACUCACUUCUCUGUUGCCUCCCAACAGGAAAAAGUUCGAUUAGGUACAAGUGGCAUAACACCUGCUGUGGCACAACUGGCUCUAGAAAAGCUGUGUCCUGCUGUGUAUGCUCUUCUGAGUGAUGGUCUUCAUCCAUCACUUCAUUCACUCUUUGGCAAGAUUAACAACUCUGUGUGGCGGGUCAUUGAAGUCACCAGUCAAAUAAGUCCCUCCACAAAGGCUCUAAAUGACUUGGUGCUCACACUAAAUAGUGAAGAGUGUCUCUCAGAAGGGCCCAUCAAAUUCAAUGCUUUCAUCUUUGGGCUUUUAAACAUCCGAUCUUUGGACUCUUGGUUGAGUUACCUUCGUACAAGGGAAAGUGUAAUCCAGAAGCACUAUCAUCCUGAAGCAUUCUUAUACCUUUCCAAUACUGCCACAAAAAGUCUCUAUGAUGACCUUCUCCUCUCUCUAAGACCACUUGCUCUCCUUCCAUUCAAUCUUGAUCUCCUCCAUGAAUAUAAAGCCCUCCAUGCAAGCCUUCAGAAGAUGGAGGAACGGCUCCUCUUGCAUACAAGUUCAAAAGAGAGCCCUGGUGACCGGCCCCCCUCAGUUUUAGAUCACUUACACUCCAAAGAAACUAAAGAGUUCAAGAAUGCAGCUCAGCAGGAUAGGGUCAAAGCUUUGAUGCGGGUGCUCACCUCUCCAGAACUGGAUGAAAAUGAACUGUUGCUCUCCACAUCAGACCCAUCUCGAGAACGAAGCCGAAGUCCCAGACCUAGAUCUUGUUAUGAGCAUGUUGCCAAUGAGGAGAUGAAUCCAACUCUUAGAAAACGUUGGAGUGGUGUCCAACUUGGCUCCAGACUUCUUACAGCCAUUGAUAAGUUGAUGUUGGAAGAAGUUGGGGGAAUAACAUCCAGUGAAGAUUACACAGACUCUCUUGACAACCCUAAGAACAACCGGCCAGUUUAUUCUCGAGCAAGUGAGUGCACUGAUGAUGAUUUGCAGACUGAUCUUCGUGUUAGUGAUGUCUCUAGUAGGGAUGGAGAUGUAAGUGAAAGGUCGGCAUCUGAAAAAGAUACUGAGAAUGAGAAGGGCUCCCGAGCAUGUGCAGAUACAGAAAAAGAUGAUGAGUCUGAGGGCAUUAGAUUCCGCCGACUUCAGUUAAAAUGGGAACAAAUGGCAGGGCCUGAGAAGAAGAAUGCUAAGGCACAACAACCUCAACCUGAUAAAGCUGUAAGCCCAAGUAGUGCCAACAGGUCUAGAAUACCUCGGCCUGUCAGCAUGACCUCUCCGCAGCGUCCUUUCAAACCAUUUGAACCAUCUAAAGAAAAAACUUCCCCUCAGCUCAAACAAGUCCCAAAGCAUUUCCCUGCUUCUCCAAAAGAAUUGCCUAAGCCAGCUCCUAGACGAUCUUUGAAAGAUAAAGCAACAACUCAGAUCUCUCCAAGUGAAGACCAUACCAGUACAACAGCACGACCUCCUUCGGUUCGGUCUCGAUUGGUACCACGUCCUAACUCGGUCAACAGUAACAUCGUUCGUGCCUCCUCCGUGCCUGGCAGAGUACCUAAUACUGGAGACAAGGGCAACAAUACUAGUGGCAGGUACGAUGGGCAGCGUAGGUAUGGUGGACAACCACGGUCGGCUAGCCAUGGGAGACGUGUGGCACCUGGAGAUACGCCCAAGUUGGUACAGACGCUCCAUCACCGCCUAGCCACUGAUAAUGGUCACCUGAGCUUCAACCGAGGAGAUAUACUGACAGUUGUGGUAGAAGUUGAUGACCGCUACCUCCUAUGCUGCCACAAUGACCGGAAGGGACUUGUACCAAGGGCCUCAGUCAUCAUCCAUGAACAAUGAGAGUAUCUGGUUUGGAGUAAAAGAUAAGAGGCAACUGCACCUCAUUAGUAACAGGAGAAAACAGACCAGCUCUCAUCACUAUUCUGGGUGCUGUGGUACUCGAAACUUAUUAAUGAAUAGCUUUAGUGUAAAGUGAUUUUAAAAAUAUCCUUUGAGAAUUAUCCCCAGUGAUUGUUAAGAAAACGUAUUAUUUUGGACAAAACAUGUCUGAUAGAAUAUGCAACGCUGUAAUUCAUAACCCAUUAUCCAUUCCAAUAUAAAAGGUCAGUCACUGAACUCAGAGCUAUAAUAUUUUUCGAGGAAGUAGCAAAUGCCAAAAGGACAUUUGAGAGCAAUGCCAGUACCUAUAGCUUAUAAGAUCUUUUAUAUGCUACUCACAAAACCUGCAACAAACACUUUCAAGGAACUUGUACAUGAUUUUGAGUAGUAUUAUCCACCUUAUGCACAUAAUCCUUCCUGUCAUUUUCUCACUGACAAAAUUUUGUUACUUUUAAGAAUUCUUCUUCAUCGAUUGAUGGUUGAUAUCCCAUAAAUAAACCAGUGAAAAUAACUUCUUUUCAUACAUGUCUUGCCAACUGUUAUAUCUCUCCCUAGCUCAUAUCAGCUAUCUUGACCCUCUCAAAAGCCAAUAUGGGAGCAAGUUAUAACUUCCUCUUCUAGUUGAAGGUUGGCAGACAGUACAGUACCACUGGAACACAGGGAUCUGAUAGCUUGUUGCUCAGAGUGAAAGACACAGUUUGAAACAUGCAUAAGAUACUUUUUCAACAGGUGACUGAAGUCUUAAACUUGAUUUAAUUUUAUUUUUUUUCAAAUGUCUUUCCUUUGUAGAGUUUGAUAGCUGUUACUAAUUUUGAGUAGUCAUGUAAUCACUAACAAAUGAAAACCACUUCACCUUUGUACAGGUAAGGCACUUUACCUCCCUUUAUAGAUAUAUGUAGUACUGUACAGGAAACUUCUUUUAAUUAUCUUUUACAAGUUUAAUUGUGAAAUUUACAGUUCCCAUACUACAUUAAUUAAGAAAAUACAUAUUAAAGUACUGGUAAUGUAUUGACAUCAAAAUGAAUGAUUCUUCAGAUAAUGCAGCACUACGGUAAAGUGAAAUAUAUACAGUACUGUACUUUAAUUAGUCACAAGCACCAGAUACCAUGCACUCUGGCAGUAUCAUCAUUUUUAGAUUUAUUUUAUAAUAAUUAAUGUUUGCCCUCUUUCUAAAUAGUGCCUGGUUAAUGUGUAACUACAAAUAUCUCACACACAUUAUCAGUUUAUUAAACAGGUAUAAGUACAGUUGUGAAUACUUUCACAUUGAUGAUAGUUGCUAGAGUGGACGGCAGCUCCUUAGCACUGCUGCCCUCAGUGUCCUGGUUACGUAGCAGCGUCAGCGGCUGUUGGCUCUGAAGGGUUCUGUUGAGAGACUGGCUAUUCCUGCACCCUCAUGCACUUGUUUUCUCUUAUUUCCAUAAUUUUUAUAUAUAAUGUUUAUGCACAGAGAUUUUUUCUGGGAAUUGUUUCUUAGUUGUAUUUAUUAAUCAUACCUUUUUUAUGCAUACAAACAAAAAUUCUUGCAAGAAAGAUUUUUUUUUAAAUUCAAAUGUAAAUAUAAUACUGUCACUAUUUCAGAAAUUAUUGAAUUUCAUGUCUGAUGCAAAUUUAGUCAAUACCUGUAUCAGAUUGAUUUGAUGUUUAUGCUUGAAUUUUUCAAGAAAAUAAUGCUUUAUUGUAUUAGAAACAUUUACUUCUAAAUUUAUAUUCAAAUCACGUAAGUGACAUUCCACUCCGUGUUUAGUCAGUUCCUAACUUCUUAUCUGCUGUGGUGCUGGGACUCUUUCUUAUUCAUUUUCAAUCUUACUAUUUGUUUUAAAUUAGCCAGUCCCUCUGGGGUGACGCUCAAAGUAAGGCCGAGUAUACUUUGUUAUACUAUUAGGAACUUACUAACUGUCCCUCUACCUAAGUGUCUUCCUUAUCCUAUCCUGCAUGUUCCAUGGAUUGUCUUAAGUAUUCCUUGUACAGUACUGUACUUAUUUUAGCUAUAUUGUCCUUAUUUCAUUGUUUAUUUUACUUUUAGUUAGGAUUUCUUCUCAUUGUAUCUCAAGGAAUACAAUAGACAGCCCAUAAUAAUUUUAGUUCCUCAUGGUUACUUAGUUUGAAUCUGCCUCGAGGAUGGAAUGACUACGCUGUCGCAGCCAUGGACAAAUAUUUUCACUGCAUGUGACUGAGGGUUUGAAAGACUUUAGAAUCUUACAGGUAGUAAGAAAAAAUAAAGUUUGUAAUAAAGCUCAAUAUUCAGAUAAGUACAUUGACUUCUUCCUAUGCUGUGAUCAUCCAAUCUGAGUAACAAGCCAAUCUUCCUGAGAUGAUUUUUUGUAAUGAUUCCAUCUGUCGCUGUUUGCCACAACAAUGCCAGCUGUUCAUCUUUUACUAGUACUAGCCCUUUUAUCAUGUAGAUGUGAGCUUAGAGUCCCUGUGUUGUAGAAGUUCCCAUGUAGAUAACUUGGUUUGGUUGCGGUCAAAGCUGGCCAAGUCUACCUUGUUACGUUUCAUAUACCUGUAGGUCGCGUUCCAGAGUAGGUAGUAAGUCUGUGUUUCUCCUUGUGAUGUAUAGAUACCAAGUCAAAAAGAUGUAAUUAUUGUGUAAUGAAAAUAUUGAUUUAUGUAUGCUUUGAGUAAUUAAUAAGUGCAUUGUUUCUGUACAUUUUGAUAGCUUUGUUACUUAUUUUGUUGCUAUUUGCCCUAGGUAUUUAGGGUUAAAAAUCAAGUCAAAUGAGAAGCUUUAUUAUUAAGUAUAAUGGAGGGUGCCUAAGUCUUAUUUCUCUAUAUUUUCAUAUGACCAAAGAUAUACACAAAACCACUUAAACUUUGUACAUUUAUGUAGAAUGUAAAAAUUGGUUUGUAGAUAUUACCAAAAAUUGAACAUUUGGUUAAUGCUUUAAUGUAACAUAUUUAGUUGUAAUGCUAUUGCUGAUAUAUGGUAGAUAAUAUUAUUUUCUUGCCAGUACUCAUCGGUCGGACAGUCAUGGCAGCAAUUUUAAGGUGUGAGUUUUAAGAAUGAAAGUCACUCCAUCUUAAAAGUGAGCAGGGAUUGGCACUAUUAGGCCUGAGGUCCUCAAUUUAUCAACUGGUAUACAAUGUGAGUUAUAAAUUAGUUGUAAAGGAAUGGAUAAAUGGAUUUCAUCAUGUUUUAUUUCAUAAUUACUGUCUGGAAAGAGACAGAUGAUACACAGUCAGUAACAACUUAUGUAACCAUCACUAUCCCUCAUAACAUAACCAUAAAAUAAUGGUCAGUAGUGAUUUUGCCUAUUGGAUUAUUCUUCAAUAAAGCAAAUUUCAUAUACAGUGUAUUAAAAAAUAAGGAAUUAUGCUUUAUUGAAGCCUGGUAUUAGUAGGGUCAUGGUUGCUGAUCGCUUCACAGUUAUGCAUGUCUCCUGUCUGUCUGCUGACGAAGGCAGCAUUUUGGUUUACAUAUUCACUGCUCUAAUACUAUGGUGAAUAAAUAUUGGUCAGGUAAA